AUGAAAAUCUUUGAUUCAUCGGAUGAUGAAACAGAUAGUACGAGGUUAGAAUUAGAAAUAUCAGAAUCAAGUUCAUCAAUAACGGAUGACGACGAAUCAAAUACCCUACCAGAUGGAGUGUUUAUCGUUCAAGAGAUUGUUGAUCAUAAAUGUUAUGGCGAGUUACGACGCAAAAAGUUGAUUGAUCGACGAAAUAUUUCUUAUAACAGUCCAUUUUUCCGUGUUCACUGGAAAGGUUUUCCGGGUCAAGAUACUUGGGAACCAUUACAAUCCAUUCAACAUGUUGAAGUCUUAAAACAAUAUGCACGAAAGCAUAAUCUUAUCCAUUUGAUUCCACCUAAUAGUGAUAGUAGUGAAACAGACAGUAGCGAUACAGACGAAAAAAGCAAGGAAGAAGGAAGAAGAAGAGAUUCUGAAACUGAUAAUGAAAAGUAUCGAAGGAAAAAGUCGAAAAUUCUGAUUGAUUCAGAAACUGAAGAGAAAAAUGAUGAAAUAGUGAAUUCAAGAAGGAAUAAACGAAAAUGUCAACGUCAUGAUUAUAAUGAUGUUGUGAAAUAUCCUCGAAGGAUAGAUUGUAAAAAGACAUGGUGGUUUCGAUGUAAUGAAAAGAGAAAGUUUGACCGUCCGAAAUUGUUCACUAAUGAAAGAAAGUGUGAUGUAUCCUGCACGUCAACUUAUCAAGAUGGAAAGAAGAGACCAAAAAGAGAAAACAAUCAUAUACCUCGUAGACCGAUUAGAAAAUAUAUCGAAAUGACCACUGAUGGAUUUACCGCUACUACUAAUCGUACCCGAUCUGUUUCUCCAAUUAUUGAUAAAGCUUUACGGAAGCAACAAUUAUAUGAUAUGAUUGAUGAUGAAGAAUUUCGUGAUGAUCAGAAUUUUUUAAAAGGAACAAAAAUAUCUUCUGCUAUAGCACAAUCUGAAUUAGCAUUUGUGGCAAAAAAAUUAGAAGAAGGCUGUGUUCUACGUAUGUUUUGGAUGAAAAUUCAUAAUUAUAAUCUUCGUUCAUCGUUACAACAAAUACGAAAAGCAAAGGCAUAUGAAUUAGAUUGUAUUCUCCUUUAUGAUUGA